GUCAGUGCGUCAGACGCGCUCGUCCUCUCAUCUGCUGCUGAGCCCCUCUCCUCCUCAUCGCAGGAGCAUGGACAGGAUGGAGGCUGUGUUGAAUGAGUGGAUCUGGCGAGCUGACCUCUGGCUUCCUCCCGGGACGGGCUGGGAGGACAUGGAGGUGGACCCAGAACAGGGGCACAUUCCUCGGCCGCGGGACCUUACCUACAGUGUUCCUCUGACACUUGCCUUCAUUGCCUGCAGAUGUGUCUUUGAAAGGGUAGUUGCAGUACCAUUAAGCAGACUCUUAGGUGUAAAGGACCGGGUUCGAGUUCAAGCCGUUGCUAAUCCAAAGCUGGAGGCGUACUACAAACACAACAGUCGGCAACCAUCAGAAAAUGAGGUAUCAAACUUAUCAAAGCAGUGUGGACUAUCCCAAAGAAAAAUACAGACAUGGUUCAGACACAGAAGGAAUCAGGAUCGACCCACGAACACAACAAAGUUCUGUGAAGCCACUUGGCGUUUUGUUUUCUACCUCCUCUCAUUCAUUGUGGGCCUCAGCUCCUUAAUUAAAACUCCAUGGUUUUGGGACUCGAGAGAAUGCUGGAAAGGUUACCCUAAACAGCCUGUGGCAGAUGCUCAUUAUUGGUAUUACAUGUUAGAGCUGGGAUUUUAUUUAUCGCUGCUUCUAUGCGUCUCUGUGGAUGUCAAGAGAAAAGACUUCAGGGAGCAAGUUAUCCAUCACAUUGCCACUAUAUUUUUGAUUGGAUUCUCAUACUGUUCCAACUAUGUGAGAGUGGGCACUUUGGUGAUGUUAGUGCAUGACUCUUCUGACUUUUUCCUGGAGUCUGCUAAAAUGCUCCACUACGCUGAACUGACAUGCAUAUGUGACACAUUAUUUGUCAUCUUCGCUGUGGUAUUCCUGUUCACAAGACUGGUUGUUUUCCCUUUCAGGGUGGUCCACUCAACUCUAAUUGUUUCUUUGGAUUUCUUUGAACCAUUCUUUGGGUACUAUUUCUUCAAUGCUUUACUGUUAGUUCUGCAAGCCCUGCAUAUCUUCUGGGCCUAUCUAAUCCUACGAAUGGUCUACAAGUUUGCAUUUGCCGGCAAGGUGGAGAAAGAUGAACGCAGUGAUGAGGAAAGCGAAGAGGAAGAUGAACAAGAGCUCGAAGAUGAAGGAGAUGGAGGAAACUGGGAACUAAGCAAAGAUUCGAUCAACACCAAACUGGCGAUACUGGCCAAUAACUGUGUCCUGAAUAACCUUACCAGCCAGAGGAGCAUCAACAGUAGGCUACCCAAAGCCAGAUAAUGAACCAUUUACAGUCAUGUAUAUUUGUAAAUGUCUUUACGCACAUCGUACAUCCUGCCUUUGAAAAUCCAUAUCAUAAGCUUGUAG